AUGCUCUCCUACGCCAUUGUCGCUCUCACUCUCGCCGCCAGCUCCGUCCUGGGCGCUCCCCUCCAGGCCCGGUACUCCAACUCCACCAGCCCCGGCCACUCCACCCCGACUCCGGACCCCACUCCCAGCGGUUACUUCCAGCCCUCGUCCGUCUCCACGUACGAUGUGAGCAACGGCGCCAUCCAGCAAGAAGGUCGACUCUACACCAGCCUGGCCCCCGCUCCCGGCUGCACGUCUGGCUGGGCUCCCGGCAACCAACGCAAUGUCAACCUCGGCCGCAUGUCGGUGCAGCGCGGCGGCCUCGCUACCUGGGAUGCCACGUACAGCUCCUACCUGACCAAGCGCACGCCCUGCAAGGCCCCCGGCACCGUCGAAGCUUUUGAGCUCGUCGGCGUCUACGACAACGACCAUGUGUCUUGGAACGUCGCUGUUGCUGGUGCCCGCAUUUCUUACAUUUAA